GAUUCCUGGCCAGAAACGACACGGUUUCCCAGGACCUCCGCGACGGCGUGUGCUCUGGAAAAGGAAAGCUGGAAAAACGCCAGCAGCAGCUACUAACGUUAGAAGCGCUGCUGUCACAGUUUCCACCUAAGUCGAAGAAAAACAAGUCAAAAGGCUUGUUCAAGUGGCAGUUGCUUUUUUUGGGCCAAGCCAGCGGUUCGUUUUGUUCGUGUGUGCCAUUGUGAAUGUGAGCCAGUGUAUCUAAUCGAACCACUAUGAGCGACAGAGGAGGCCGGUAAUGAUGAUAGAAUGACGCGUGACGGCGAAAUUCCAGCCAUUUUCAAUCCAAAACGGGUGCGCACUCCUUCCGUGGUGGUCACCGGCGACUCGUCGACGAAUGGCCCGUACAACAACAGCAACGCCGGCGGACCGGGAGCCAGCAGCAGCCCAGCCGGAGUCGGAGCUCCUGCAACGUCUGCCCAAAAUGGCAGCGGCAGUGGCAGCGGGGCAACGGGCAGCUGCGGCUUCAGCAACGUGCUCACCUCGAGCAACCCGCAAAUAACCCACCAAGACUCGAUCUCGUCGAGCCAACAGGACCCCAAUGAGGUGAUCAUCAUACCGGCGGACACGCCCACCAGCGCCCCGGGCAGUCACAAUGCGGGCAUCCACUUCGGCGGCACCGACUCCAGCGACACGCAGAUGGAGCAGCAGCAGACCAAUGGCCACGGGGAGGAGCCGGAGCUGCGGUUCCGGAAGCUGCAGGCCUGCAAGGAGUCCUGCUGCUCCGAACUGGCGCGCAAGAUGUACUUCGGAGUCUGCGUGACCAUCCUAAUGACCGCCUCGUGGGUGGGGGCCACCCACUGCAUUAAGUACAUGUACAAGUACCGAGCUCCGUACGACGACCUGCUGAACGACGACCAGGAUACGUCCUCGAGCCGUGCCGACCUGAGCACGGAGCUGGAGGACAUACUGGCCAUCAGCGACUCGUCGCUGCACCACGUCGAGGACGCCACCGAGAUGUUCAACAUACCACCGCGCCAGCCGGUCUACUUCAGCGCCCCCUUCUUUGCCGCCUGGUUCUUCACCAACUUCUCGCUGCUCUUCUUCCCCAUCUACAUCCUGGGCCUGGUCUCCACGCGCAAGUGCGAAAAGCUGAGCGACAUCCUCGGCGACGUGCUGCGAGGAUUCCGGGAGCGCGGCUUCACAGUGGGUCGCUUCCUCAAUCGCUGCCUCUGCUUCUGCAUUUUGUGGCUGGUGACCACCUACCUGUACACCCUCUCCCUGCACGUCCUCUACGCCACGGAUGCGUUGGCCCUUUUUGCCACCAACGUGGCCUGCGUCUACCUGCUGUCCUGGGUGAUCCUGCACGAGCAGUUCGUGGGUGUGAGAAUUGUGGCCAUCAUCCUUUGCGACACGGGAAUAGCGCUGCUCGCCUACAUGGAUGGAAUCACGGAAAGCCGAACCCUGAGCGGCGUGGUGCUGGCCACUUUGGCCGGAGCAGGCUAUGCCGUGUUCAGGGUUAUGUUCCGCAAGGUGAUGGGCGAUCCGCCGGUGAGCCAAAUCGCCUUCAUAUUCACCGCCCUCGGCUUCCUCAAUGCCUUGCUGCUGUGGCCCGUGGUGCUGGGACUCUACCUGACUGGCACGGAAAGCCUCUCCUCGGAGAGCAUACCAUGGAACCUGCUGUUCGCGGCGAGCCUCCUGCUCCUCGUUUUCCACGUGCUGAUGCAGUUCAGUGCCGCCGUUACGUACAACAUGUUUGUGACAUUGGGUCUGAUUACCGCUGUGCCCGUUUCUGGCGCCCUCGAUGUCAUUCUGUACAGUGCGAACUUCGCGGGCAUGAAACUGGCCGGAGUCAUUUUGAUUGGCAUCGGGUUUUUCCUCGUUAUGUUCCCCGCCAACUGGCCAGACUAUAUAACGCGAUUGUUGAGAAAGAGCGUUCGUGCCAUACUCCGCUACCAAUGUUGUUGUGAAUUAGCCGAAAUUCGCUAUGCUCAUUCGAAGCAUCAUUAUGCUGGGUCACAAUGCGAGAUGGGGUCGCGGCCCUCGGAGCGGUACUUCAACAGGUCAGCAUCCCACCAUUAUCGACUAUCGGACGGGAUACAUAAGGUCCCAUCUUCGUUCACCCUCUGGCCGUGUGAGAUGACUGAUCUGUCGCCGACCACCACUGGGUUUCUACAUGGCCAUGGCGGCGCCAACGCACAGCAUCACCAGCAACUUUUGCACCACCAACACCAACAGCAGCAUCCGCAUCAGCAGCAUCCGCAUCCGCAGACCCACCAGCAGCACCUGCAGCAGCAGUACCACCAUCGGCAGCACUCGCUCCACCAGCAGCACCUGCAGCGCCAGCACUCGCACACCUCGCUGACCAAGAUCCACCGCCAGAGCAGCAGCCACAGUGUCCACGGUGGCGCAGCCGGACGGGCGGUGACCGCCGCGGUGACCACCACCGGAGCCACCGGACGACUGUUCUCCUACUUCGGGAACGAGCAGGACCACGAGCGCAAGAAGUCGGAGACGUCCUUCUUCAACCUGGGCUUCCGCCGGAAGUCCACCGUGGUCUACUACGCUCCCUCGGAUUGAGCAACUGGCAUAUCAAGCGAAAAGAGGAUACAAUCAGAUCGGAUAAUGGGUCAAAUCGGUUAUUGUGUAUUGUGUGUCAUUUUAUCAUAGUUACUGUCGUUGUUGUUGAUGUAAAAGUUCAAUCGGACCGCAUGCAGUUACAAUUUUGCUCAAAUAUAACACAUUUAAAGGCCACAGUUACAGAAACAGAUAUACACUAGCACCAGCUCCAGUCAAAAGAAUCCAUACCCAGCCUCGCCUUCAAUCUCAAUCUCAAUCUUCAAUCAAUCGCAAUAAAAAAUAGAAACCCAAGAAAGGAGCCCGCGAAUCGAGCUCAAAAGUGCCCCGAAAGUUAACUAUAAUUUAAUAUUCAUAAUCAAUACGAAAUUGUGUAAGGAAUCGAAGCCAAUUGUUUUAGCAAUUAUAUACAUUAAUUAUAACGGCAAUGAAUAGUCAAAUAUUUUAAAGUGGAUUCACUCGAAGGCACACCUUAAGAAGGCAAAGAUAACGAAAAAAAAAAACGAACAGUAAAAUCCAAGUUAUUUAAGGAAAAUAGUUAAUAGUCGUCACCGAGAAGAGAUAAUGUUCACCCGGCUAAGAAACCCAUUAAACUGUAAGCUCAUCUAGCCACUUAAACCUAACGUUAACUGCGGAUUGGAUUUUGUUAAAGUUUUUUAUUUGAACGUGAACUGAAUGUGAACCGAGUCGAAAGCGAAUCGAAGUAUUAGUAUUUUUUAAAUGUUUAUGUGUUGUUCGUAAUUUGUAAUUCGAAGUGUUGUAGAGUCGAAAUGAAUCACCGAGGAUACAGUUGUACUAAGGCGACCGCCUCUCCUUUGAACCAAUUAUGGGGGGUUCCCCCGAUCGGACAUUCGGAGUUGCCGCAUGUUAUAUGAACUAAGUUGUGUAGCCACAUCCAAUAAUUGAUUUUGUGAUAGUUUUUAAAAAUGUUUGAUAACCCACAGCAUACACUACACACUUCUACCUACCCGCCCGAAAAAAGAGGCAAUGGUAUAGCUGGGAUGUAUUUAGGACACACAAGAACCGAACACGAAAUAAAUAGUUCAAGAAAAACUCAA